CAAGUUUGCUUCAGUGCUAGAGCCCGCCCUCAGCAGACAACCCAACGCGGACGGGAAGUGUCCCCGAUGUACGUUCCACGAUCGCGAUAAUGGACGACCCCCGUGCUUCCCCCGAUGCGGCAAAUCCUGCGGCCAACAGCGCUCCCGCCGCCACCACCUCCAGCGGAGAAAAUGGCAGGCUGCCGCUGCGGCCAGGUCACGAGCUCCCUUUUGUCGCGCCGUCGUCGUACCUGCGCCCGAAGCCUCCCAGUCGCACAAUGUCGGAGAGGAGUCCCAGUGGCCUGGAUAAGGACCAGAUGCAGGGUCUGCGUGGGAUUCGCGAGUUCCUCAAGGUCCGGACCAGCUACGAUGUGCUUCCCCUAUCCUUCCGCCUCGUGGUGCUCGACAACGACCUCCUGAUCAAGAAGAGCCUGAACAUCCUGAUCCAGAACGGCAUCGUUUCGGCGCCGCUUUGGGACUCUCACAAUUCUACUUUUGCCGGCUUGCUGACAAGCACCGAUUACAUCAAUGUGAUCCAAUACUAUUGCCAGUUUCCCGACGAAAUUGACCAGGUCGACCAGUUCCGUCUCAGCAGUCUCCGAGAUAUCGAGCGGGCGAUUGGAGUGCUGCCCCUUGAGACGGUGUCAGUCCACCCCAUGCGCCCCUUGUACGAAGCGUGUCGGCGCAUGCUCAAGACGAGAGCAAGGAGAAUCCCGCUGGUCGACGUCGACGACGAAACGGGCCGUGAGAUGGUGGUCAGCGUCAUCACGCAGUAUCGCAUCCUUAAGUUCAUCGCCGUCAACAACGAGAAGCACACGAUUCUCCUGAAGAAGCCGGUGAGGGAGAUUGGGCUCGGUACCUACACCAACCUAGCAACGGCCACCAUGAACAGCUCCGUUCUGGACGUUAUCCACCUGAUGGUGGAACACAACAUUUCGGCCGUGCCAAUUCUCGACAAGAGCGACAAGGUGUUGAACGUGUUCGAGGCCGUCGAUGUCAUCCCUUGUAUCAAAGGCGGAGCCUACGACGAGCUGACCGCCACCGUCGGAGACGCCCUCUCCAAGCGGGCAGACGACUUCCCUGGGAUCUACACAUGCAGUGAAGACGACCGUCUAGACGCCAUCUUCGACACAAUCCGCAGGUCCAGAGUCCACAGGCUGAUUGUGGUCGACGACGACAACCGGCUCAGGGGUAUCAUUUCACUUUCAGACAUACUCAAGUACGUUCUCCUCUACGGAGAGGAAGAAGAUGAUAUCCGGGGCUCCUAGUGUGAUCCUCUGGGUGGGAUGUCGGUCUGUGAUGAUCCGGACCAUAAAGGCGUACGCUGUUCGCUUGUCUAACUUCCUGCAUCACUAUCGGCUGUUCUUGUGCCCGUCACCCCCCUC